AUGGUUCUCCUGUUUCUCGUGUUUCUCAAGGUUCUCGUGUUUCUCAUAGUUCUCGUGUUUCUCAUAGUUCUCGUGUUUCUCAUAGUUCUCGUGUUUCUCAUAGUUCUCGUGUUUCUCAUAGUUCUCGUGUUUCUCAUGGUUCUCGUGUUUCUCAUAGUUCUCAAAAUAAUCAUAGUUCUCGUGUUUCUCAUAGUUCUCGUGUUUCUCAUAGUUCUCGUGUUUCUCAUAGUUCUCGUGUUUCUCAUAGUUCUCGUGUUUCUCAUGGUUCUCGUGUUUCUCAUAGUUCUCAAAAAAAUCAUAGUUCUCGUGUUUCUCAUAGUUCUCAAAAUAAUCAUAGUUCUCGUGUUUCUCAUAGUUCACGUGUUUCUCAUGGUUCUCGUGUUUCUCAUAGUUCUCGUGUUUCUCAUAGUUCUCGUGUUUCUCAUGGUUCUCGUGUUUCUCAUAGUUCUCGUGUUUCUCAUGGUUCUCGUUUUUCUCAUAGUUCUCAAAAUAAUCAUAGUUCUCGUGUUUCUCAUAGUUCUCAAAAUAAUCAUAGUUCUCGUGUUUCUCAUAGUUCUCGUGUUUCUCACAGUUCUCAAAAUAAUCAUAGUUCUCGUGUUUCUCAUAGUUCUCGUGUUUCUCACAGUUCUCAAAAUAAUCAUAGUUCUCGUGUUUCUCAUAGUUCUCGUGUUUCUCAUGGUUCUCGUGUUUCUCAUAGUUCUCGUGUUUCUCAUGGUUCUCGUUUUUCUCAUAGUUCUCAAAAUAAUCAUGGUUCUCGUGUUUCUCAUAGUUCUUAAAAUAAUCAUGGUUCUUGUGUUUUUCAUGGUUUUCAUGAACUAA